CUCAGAUCUAGUUGUCACCAAGUAUACAUACAUAAAUAAACGGAUACAAAAUAAAACCCCGUAAACACUUAACAAAAAUACAAUAAAAACUAUAAAGAUGGAAAGACGAAGUGGACUUGGUUCUCGGCAUCGCUCGUGGAUGCAAUCCUUCCUGAAGGCCGCCGGAUCCUAUAGGGAACCCGAGUCCCAGAAGAACGUGAUGGACAUAAAGUCAGACUCCACUGCGCUUGAAUUUCGGCAGCGCAGAAGCCUCAAGGACGUCAACGACCAGGAGGGCAAGAAAAUACUGGAUGACAUAAUCCAGGACAUUUUCGACAAGAAGGCGGGCACCAUUACGUUGUCCGAAUCGGAGUGUUCUCUGGACGAGGACAUGCGGGAGUCCAUGAGCAUGGAUCCGCGCCUCAAACUGUGGUACGAUACCCUUCAGAAUCGUACUACUGUCCAGGCGAAGAUCCAGCGGAAGUUGGGACGCCGCCCACAUGAGAUGCUGAUCAACGUGGGCAGCACUGGUGCUCCUGGGGAUCGGGGGACCGUGGAGCGCCUGCUGGAUCUCGCCGGUCGCAUGAACCCCACGACCUUGGCUCAGAAGAAACCGGGAGUUCUUCCCGCCCAAGUCGAUUGCCAGUGCCGGGAACUUGCCGAGCUUCAGGAGACCCUUCCGAGGGCUGAGAAGAGCGGCCGAGUGGAGGUGGAGGUCAGUGGACUGACCCGAGCCACCAAGCAAGAAAUACUGGGGACUACGCACCUGCCCCCAGAAAGGCCGAGCCAUUGGAUAAGGUCCAGGCUGCUGGAGGAGCGCAUCGAGAAGAAGAAAGGCGACAUACAACGCGUCCUGCCCUUCUUCCCCAAGUUGGACAAACUGGAGGUGGUGGGAAGUGGUCCCAUGCAGGAGGCGCUCCAGCGUGACGACGACGACCAGAUCGAACGAGUGUCCUGCAAAUCGAUUUUCAGCCUGAGCAGCUCGUCGGAGAUCCCGGCGGAGGUUGAUCCAAAACAGGAGAGCCUUCCAAAGGCAGAUCCUGAACAGGAAUCUUUGGUUGCUCGAGCAGCCGUCAAGAUCAACGGUGUGUUGUUCUUCAACUCAGGCAGGCGAAGUGUCUUACCGGAUAUCGCCAACGUUUUUUUCGAGUGCCAUCCAUUCCAGAGCGUGGUCAAGGAGGUGGCUCGCGUGGAGAACGUGGGCAUCCAGGUGCUCACCUGCCAGUGGGCCAUCGCGGAGUGCAAACGAACUGGGAAGUGCAUUGCACAGUGUCAGAACUUCCUGAUGUCCCAGUCCAUCUUCACCGUUUUUCCCGGCGAGGAGCAGGUGUGCCGGGCACUCUUCCGUCCGCGUGGUUGCUAUCUCUUCAAGCAGCGCUUCGAACUCCGCAUUUUUCCCAAUCUGAGUGGAUCGGUGAGAGGGGUUUUUGUGGCCCGACUCACGGGAAGAUGUGUUCCGGCACCGGAGUACACGAACAAAAUACGCAAGCUGCAGAACUCGGUCACUGACAAGUCCAAGAAGCGGAUGGCCGAUGAAUUGACCGAGAUCCAGGCAGCCAUAGUGCCCCUCCUGCAGCCUUGCGAGGUGGAGUGUCCCUACGAACGAAUCUUGGACGAGCGGGAGGUGUUCAAUGCCGAGAAUACGGGCUACAAGUGCGAGCGCUUCGACGAUCUGGAGACCCUGAAGACCCUAUACCAGGAUCUGAAGAAACCAAGGGAGCCCGCCUGGGACCUGCGCCUGGAGACGCUGCUUGGGGUAAUCCUGCGCCUGCCGGACGCCAAUGAAAGGCAGCUGCACUUCGCAAAGCUCGUCGAGGUUCAGGAGCAACUAAAGCAGGGUGGAGGUAGGGGAUCCCUGACUCACUUCAGUCGGAAUGAUCAGAGGACUCGCUCCACGUUUAUCUACGUGCGUGGCUGCAUUGGCAAUGGCAUUCAGGAGUGGGAGGAGAUGAUGGCUUCGCUGGAGCUGAGCGGCCUCCGGCUGGAGAUCAAUCGUUUUCAGGUUAAGCAGCUGGAGGAUGAGGAGAGUGCCAAGGAGGAGGAGGAGGCUUACGAAGAGUCAGAGCCGAAGCCCUGGUUGCGUCAGCUGAGAAAGGAGAAUCCCUACCUGUAUCUCCUGAAGAAGCUGAGGACCAGGAAAUCCUUCAGAGACAGUCUCUACAUGCAGACCUACACCCAUUUGUGUGACAUGGCCGAAAAUGUGGUCUCCGUUAUCGAAAGUACGCAAAAUGUUUAGCUUAGGUUCCAGUGCUUAGUCCAAAUUUAAGGUGUCGGUAAGAAGAAAAACUAACGAAAACUCUCGCAAAGAAACAACGAAAAA